GUCCGUUACGGAAGUGUUGGGUUGGGCUGCUGCUGUUAGCACGUCUGGUCUGCUGUUAGCUCUUUAGAAAUGGCCAGCUGGGGAAGGGUCGCCUCUCUUUUUAGGGGGCUUUUACGUUCUCCUCGGAGCAUUAAAGCUUUAGGUCUCCGUCGUGUUGUCGGCCCUGGUGUGCUGGGGUCUUUGGUUGGAGCCGGAGUCGUUUGUUAUUACCAAUAUUUCCAAAGCAGCCGGACGCUUCCCUGCAGCGUGUACGCUAAGGAGGAGGAACAAAAAGAUGCUCUCGGUUCAAAUCUGUCGGCGAGGAGGCUCCGUUUUAUCCAGUUUGCCUCUGUGGUGUAUCAGGGCGAGCCUUACAUGACACCUAGGGACUUCCUGUACUCUGUGAUGCUGGAGAAUGUGGACAGAAAGCUGCAGAAGAGGAUUUUAACAGAACAGGAGGUACAAAAAAUGUUGACAGCAGCCUCCAAAGCCAGAGCAGGGGAUUCUCUGUUUCGGAGCCUGGGGGACAAUGGUCUGAUAUCCUACACAGAGUAUCUCUUUCUAUUGACAAUCCUCACAAAGCCACGCACCGGAUUUCACAUUGCUUUCAAAAUGCUGGAUGUGGACGGCAAUGAACACGUGGACAAAAAGGAAUUCUUAAAGCUCAAGAAAAUAAUUGCAAAAAGCAGAAAAGUGCCACGGCCAGUGGCCAAGGAAAAUGUUGAGAGCCCAGCAGAGGAAGUGGUUGUGAACACCACGCUUCAGGUGCAUUUCUUUGGUCAGAAAGGACAAAACAAGUUGCAGUAUCAGGACUUCCACAGGUUCAUGGAGAACCUCCAGGCUGAAGUCCAGGAGAUGGAGUUCCUGCAGUUCUCCAAAGGAAUGGACACUAUGAGACGAGAGGACUUUGCUGAGUGGCUGUUGCACUACACCAAUGAGGAAGACAAUGAGGUUUACUGGCAGAACAUGAGGAAGAAGAUCCCUGCUGGACAAAGUAUCACUUUUGAAGAGUUCAGAGCCUUCUGUCUUUUCACAAAUAAUCUGGAGGAUUUUGCCGUUUCUAUGAAAAUGGUCACAGAAGCAAAUCGUCCAGUUGGGAUGGCUCAGUUCAAGCGGGCAGUCCGAAUCGCCACAGGACAUGAUCUGUCCGAUAAUGUCCUGGACACUGUGUUCAAACUCUUCGACAUGGAUGGAGACAACUGCUUGAGCCAUAAAGAGUUUAUUAAUGUGAUGACGGACAGAGUGCUGCGUGGUCUCAAGGUUCAGCCUCAGACUGGCAUCUCUGGCUACUGGAAGUGUGUGAAACGAGAGACACUGAAGGGCGCUAAGGAGGCUCUUACCGACAGGUGCCCCAUUUAGAACCAGUGUGAUGAUGAUUAUGAAGAUACACCAAUCACUGCCUGUACAGUGGAACACAAGACAUGAAUGUUUGAAAUGUGAGCACUAGUUAAGAACCACUUUAUCCUAAUAGUGUUUACACUAAUGCUGUGGCAAUCGAUUACUGGGUUUGAUAUUAAAUAAGGACUAAAUCCAGCUUUUUUACUACUUUAAAUUGGAAUAGUGAAUUGUGAUUUCGAAUGAUCUGUGGUCUGUACAAAUGUAAGAAAUGUCAUAUGAAUUCACUGCCUGUAUCAUGCUUUUUAAAAAUAAAAUAACUCCCAACAAAAUAAAA